GUUUCAGAAAUCUCUGAGUAUUGUAAGGCAUUACUUAAAUUGGCAGGUUCUCCUCCUCCCUUGAAAUGCCUAAACAUACCAGAGCAAAAAAUGUCUCAUCCUUAAGAAUUUCAACAGGGCCGAAUUCAAGCGGAUUUGGGAGUAAAGCCGAGUCUAUUCUGGAAUUAGAUCCUAGUAUAAUAUACUUUACCUUUUCUAGAAUUCGGCCCACCUUUUCCUGUGGGCGAAGCAUUCAAAGCACGCUUAAACUAUUUCAGUUGAAGAAGAUGCACCCAAAGGACCUUCCUUUGAUUUCUGUCUUUACCGACGGUACUCAUUACUACAGCCAAAAUAAUAGAAGAUUGUUUAUGUAUAAAAAGCUUAAGGAAAUGGCAAUCCUUAAUGAAAUUCCCGUUCGUGUUCGUGCGCUUCCUUCUACUAAGCGUAUGUCAAACAAAUACAGCCCUACGAAAUGUUCAUUAACUGCCACUCUUAUGCGUGAAAAAAAUACCACAACCGGUGCAGAUUCAAACUCCGAGGAGGAGAAGGGAGAGGAGAACGAUAAAAAUGAUUCCCUUUACGGUAAGGAUUCCUUGGAUUUAUCAUUGAGCUCUUUAACUAUUUCAGCGAAUAAGAAAAUAGCUUGA